AUGCCGUCGUUCUGGGAAAACAUUCGAAUGCCAGACUUGGACCGGGAGUCGGGAGCAAAUAUCGCUGAAGGCGGCGAUAUGAGCGCCUACGUGAGUUUCCCCGUCCCCAGCGCCGGAACCAGCCUGCCCUCGGUUAUCGUUGUUCAGGAAGCCUUCGGCGUGAAUCAGCACAUCCAGCGAGUGGCCGACCAGUUUGCCGCCGCCGGCUACGUUGCAGUUGCUCCGGCCCUGUUCCACCGCAACGAGCGCAACCCCAACCCCACGCUUGGCUACACCCCUGACGAUUUCGAUGCUGCCGUCAAUACCUACAUGCCGGAGCUUACCGGCGGCGGCAUCAUCCAGGACAUCAACGGCGCCAUUGAUUACCUGCAACGCACCUACCCGCGCACCCGCGGCCAGAAAAUCGGCAUCGUGGGAUACUGCAUGGGCGGCCGCGUAGUGUACCUGGCCGCCAGCGCCUGCUCCGGCCUUAGCGCCGGCGUCGUGUACUACGGCGGCGCCAUCCUGGCCCCGUACUCCGAUGGCGUCACCCCGGUCGACGGAACCGCCAACAUCAGCAUCCCGCUGAUGGGCAACUUCGGUGAGACGGACGGCAACCCCACGCCGGAUGACGUUUCCAAGAUUGAGGCCGCCCUGUCGGCAGCCGGCAAGUCCCAUGACUUCAAGAUGUAUCCGGGCGCCGGACACGGUUUCAACUGCGACGACCGCGACAGCUACAACGAAGCUGCCGCCAGCGACGCAAUGGCCCGCACCCUGAGCUUCUUCGACAGCAACCUGAAGUAA